CCGGGCGCGUGAGUGGGCGGGGGCCUGUGUUGGGGACGUGCGUCCCGGGCUCACCCGGGCUUCGUUCCGCGGCUAUAAAGGGCAAGUCCGCGGUGGCUCGCCUAGGCUCGCCCGGCUCCGCCCCGCCGCUCGCUCGCUCGCUCGCACUCCGCUCGGGCCACUCGACCCACUCGGGCCUCGGCUACUCGGGCUUGCGGCGAAGAUGGCGGCGCCGGCGGCUGAGGGCUCGGAAGCUCAUCUGGAGGCCGCCUUGGCCGACGUGCCCGAGCUGGCCCGACUCCUGGAGAUUGACCCGUACCUGAAGCCCUUCGCCGCGGACUUCCAGCGCAGGUAUAAGAAGUUUAUCCAGGUUUUGCGUGACAUUGGGGAGAAGGAAGGUGGUAUCGAUAAGUUCUCCAGAGGCUACGAGUCACUUGGCAUCCACAGAUGUGCUGACGGUAGCAUAUACUGCAAAGAAUGGGCCCCAGGAGCAGAAGGAGUUUUUCUUACUGGAGACUUCAAUGGUUGGAAUCCAUUUUCUCACCCAUAUAAAAAACUGGAAUAUGGAAAAUGGGAGCUGUAUAUCCCACCCAAGCAGAAUAAAUCCCCGAUACCUCAUGGAUCCAAAUUGAAGGUUGUUAUUACUAGUAAAAGUGGUGAGAUCUUGUAUCGCAUUUCACCGUGGGCCAAGUAUGUGGUUCGUGAAAGUGACAAUGUGAAUUAUGAUUGGAUACACUGGGAUCCAGAAGACCCAUAUAAAUUCAAGCAUUCCAGACCUAAGAAACCAAGAAGUCUAAGAAUUUAUGAAUCUCAUGUGGGAAUAUCUUCUCAUGAAGGAAAAAUAGCUUCUUAUAAACAUUUUACAUGCAAUGUACUACCAAGAAUCAAAGACCUUGGAUACAACUGCAUUCAGUUGAUGGCGAUCAUGGAACAUGCUUACUAUGCCAGUUUUGGGUACCAAAUCACUAGCUUUUUUGCAGCUUCAAGUCGUUAUGGAACUCCUGAAGAGCUCAAAGAACUUGUUGACACAGCACAUUCAAUGGGCAUCACUGUCCUCUUAGAUGUGGUACAUAGCCAUGCUUCAAAAAAUUCAGAAGAUGGUUUGAACAUGUUUGAUGGGACCGAUUCUUGUUAUUUUCAUUCUGGACCCAGAGGGACCCAUGAUCUUUGGGAUAGUAGAUUAUUUAUCUAUUCCAGCUGGGAAGUUUUAAGAUUUCUUCUCUCAAACAUAAGAUGGUGGCUGGAGGAAUAUUGCUUUGAUGGGUUCCGUUUUGAUGGAGUUACAUCCAUGCUAUAUCAUCACCAUGGGAUGGGUCAAGGUUUUUCAGGCGGCUAUCAUGAAUAUUUUGGACUACAAGUCGAUGAAGAUGCUCUAAUUUACCUCAUGUUGGCAAAUCAUUUGACUCACACAUUGUAUCCAGAUUCCAUUACAAUAGCAGAGGAUGUAUCAGGAAUGCCAGCUCUCUGUUCUCCUACUUCCCAGGGAGGAGGUGGUUUUGAUUAUAGACUAGCAAUGGCAAUUCCAGAUAAAUGGAUCCAAUUACUUAAAGAAUUUAAAGAUGAAGACUGGAAUAUGGGCAAUAUAGUAUACACUCUCACAAAUCGACGCUACCUUGAAAAAUGUAUUGCUUAUGCAGAGAGCCAUGAUCAGGCCCUGGUUGGCGAUAAGACACUGGCAUUUUGGUUGAUGGAUGCUGAGAUGUACACGAACAUGAGUGUUCUGGCUCCUUUCACUCCAGUUAUUGAUCGAGGAAUACAGCUCCACAAGAUGAUUCGGCUCAUUACUCACGGGCUGGGUGGAGAAGGAUAUCUGAAUUUCAUGGGUAAUGAAUUUGGGCAUCCUGAGUGGUUAGACUUCCCAAGGAAAGGAAAUAAUGAGAGUUACCAUUACGCCAGAAGGCAGUUUAAUUUAACUGACGACGACCUUCUUCGCUAUAAGUUCCUAAAUAACUUUGACAGAGAUAUGAAUAGAUUGGAAGAAAGAUGCGGCUGGCUUUCAGCUCCACAGGCCUACGUGAGUGAAAAACAUGAAGGCAAUAAGAUCAUCACCUUUGAGAGAGCAGGACUCCUCUUUAUUUUCAACUUCCACCCAAGCAAGAGCUAUGCCGACUACCGAGUUGGGACUGCAUUGCCAGGGAAAUUCAAAAUCGCCCUAGAUUCAGAUGCCCCGGAAUACGGAGGACACCAGAGGCUGGACCACAAUACUGAUUACUUUGCUGAGGCUUUUGAGCAUAAUGGCCGUCCCUAUUCUCUCUUGGUGUACAUUCCAAGCCGCGUGGCUCUCAUCCUUCAGAACGUGGAUCUGCCAAACUGAGGAAACCUGAACUCAGCCCACCUCACACAAACGGGUCGGCUGGCUGAUUUCUGCUACCACAGUGUCGAUAAUGAGUAAGCUUUGCAAAAACAUGGCUGUCUAGCCAAAACAUCAGGCUGAAAUUCAACUUUGGAAUAUGCAAAUACAUAUAACUUGUUUGUGAAGUAGAUAGGAAGGAUGUGUUUAAAAUACUAGCAAUGUGUAUCUUGAAGCCUUCCAAGAAAUUAGGAUUUGCAAAUGAAGUAUAAUGUAUAAUAAUUUUUAAAUGUUACUUUACUGGCAAAGUAUUUGAUCCUUUCAUUUCACAUUUGAAUUAUUCAUCAUGCAUGACUAUUUUUGUUGUAAUAAGACAGUAUUUUGCAACAUGGAUAUUUGGUGGCCUUACUUGUUCCAAUGUCUAUUGGUAUGAAUUAUGAGGUACUGAGUUUGUUUUUCUUUUUUUUCCUAAUUGUGUUUAGAAAUACUGUAUUAAAUAUAUAGUAGUGACCCUAAAAUGCAGAUAUUAUAAAAGAUAAUAUUAAAUUCUUCUCUGUGCCCUCAUUUUGCAUUAAGUUUUAUCUUGUAAUCUCCUGUCAAUAUAAUGUUUUAGUAAAUGUCUAUACUCAGUCUUUCUGAAGACUUGAAAUGGUAAUUGUAGCAUUUCAGAAAAUGUCUUUCAUUUCAAUCAAUAAAAAAAUGCUAAGCUGCA